AAUGAAAAUUUCUAUCCUUAGUUAUUGAUGUUGACUCCAUAUAAAUUAUUGAUACAUAUUAUUUAAAUAAAAUGCACUAAAAUUAAAUAAAAAAGUAUUAAAAAAAAAAAUAAGAGAUAAUGAUAUCAUUAUUUUCCACUAGAUGUGUAUAUGUACCACGCCAAAUAUCGUAUUAAUACUGCAUUUCCUAAACCUAGACCCUCUCCUUGUUAGAUAAUUUCGGAUCAUUUUCACAAUCGUGAAAAAAUGUAAUGUCACUAUAGUAAAAUAAACAGUAAAGUAUGUCACUAUUUCUGGCGGGGGAAUGAGGAUGAAAGUACAAAUGAGUGAACAGUUUAAAGAAACUUUAGUAAUCAAUUUCAAUAAGAAGUGAUUGAAAGUUAAGCAAAAGUGCAGAGUACUAAAAACAUUGAGCAAUGAGAAAACAGUUAAACGUGGUAUUUUUGUUCGUUAUGCUUUUUCGAGGUCAUAAUGCAGGAAUCACUGAAGAAUUAGCACGAUUUGCUAAAGGACCUAUUCAAGAUGCUAUUGAAAGUGGAAUGGCUUCAGAAUUUAAUAAAGAUGAAUGUUUAUGGAGAAGAAAUGAUAAUAGAGAUCCUUGUCCGGAUCCUGAUAUUCACAUUUAUCUUUAUACACCUGGAAAACCCAAAAAAGAGUUAAUUGGAAAACCGUCUGAUUGGUUAAUGAUUGAUUAUGAUCAUAAUAAGGACAAUAUUAUUUUAAUUCACGGAUAUGCUGGUGGCGAUGAUACUCUUCCAGUUUCGGUUUUACGAGAUGCCUAUAUGAACAAUGGAAGUUAUAACGUAUUUUUAAUUGACUGGAGCGCCCUUUCUGCAGCUCCUUGCUAUCCCGCGGCAGUAGCCAAUUUAAAACCCGUAGCCAAAUGUUUAGCACAUUCUUUGACCAUCCUUCAACAUUUAGGAAUGACAAUAUCGAAAACCACGUGUGUUGGACAUUCACUUGGAGCACACCUUUGUGGAAUCAUAGCCAAUUAUUUGCUUUUUAGAAUGCAUAAAAUUAUAGGAUUAGACCCUGCAAGACCUUUAGUUCGUCCAGCACUUGGUAAUAGAUUGGAUAGCGGUGAUGCAAAUUUUGUUGAAGUUAUACACACGAAUGCUGGAUAUUACGGAGAGAUUGGACAAAUUGGUCACGUAGAUAUUUGUGUAAAUGGUGGAAAAGUUCAACCUUUUUGUGAAAACAAGCCAAACUAUCAGUUAUGCAGUCAUGUUUGGUCUGUUUGUUACAUGGCUCAAAGCAUAGAUGGUCAACAAACAUUAGUUGCUGAACCUUGCUCAAGAAGAUGUCCUUCAGGACCUAGAAUUAAUACAAGAACUGGUCAAGACUUAAUUGUUGGUCAACAUACACCUUCUGGAUCUCGAGGAUCUUUUUGUCUUACCAGUCAUAAACCUCCUUACUGUCCACAAAACUCUGAAAAUGGAAAAGGAGACCCAAGGUGUUGUAUUCAAUAAUAUUCGAAAAAAGCAAACUAAAGUGCUAUAUGUAGAUAUAUAUUUUAUACAUAUGUCUACAACCUCGUUAAUAUUCACAAUCGGCUUGUAACGGUACAAAAAAUCUGACUGCAAUAAUAAUUGUAACUUGUAUUUCGACAAACUCGUUUUAAAUUUUAAGAAAGAAUGUCCGCUAAAAGUGACCAUAACGGUUAAAAAUAUAAAUUAAAGCUCAUUUAAUUGUUUUUCUAUACAGCAACAAUGAAAAAUUUUUUAUCAAGUUUCUUAUUUUGAAAU